UGCUAGAAUUUUUUUUUCCCUCUUGAUACAUCAAAAAUUUUAAAAGGGGAACGAGUUCUUUUGAACUCCUAACCUCUUUUUCAGAACCAAGGCCGCAUUAAUCCUCAUCUGUUCAUAUUUCUCUAGGAUUAAGGUCGUUUACUACUCUAAUCAAUUCCUGAUGUCUUAUUAUUCAUAAGAUAUAGUACUUAUAAAACGAAAAUAAAGAACUCGAGAGAAGUCGCGGAUACGUCUAUUUUCUUUCUAGCUAUAUCGAUCGAGUAUCGUAUAAUGUACGAAAAUACAGGAGAAAUUCGUGUUAAACAUGGAACUGAAACCAUCAUCUACCCUACGGUUUGCAUCGAUUAUCAAGAGGAAACCCAACACUAUGGGUUUUUCUUCAAGGCAAAUAAUCCUCUUGAUUUCAUAUUUCCGGUAUUUAUGGUUCAAAUCAUUUUGUCAUGCAUUAUAUCACAGACACUGUUCGUUCUUCUUAGGCCUUUGAAACAACCAAAAUUUGUGAGCUAUAUUUUGAGUGGCAUUAUUUUAGGACCUUCUGUGCUAGGCCGUAACAAGACAUACAUGGAAACAAUUUUUCCAGCAAAAGAAAUGGGAGUUCUUAAUACAUUUGCUUUAUUUAGCUCAGUCUUAUACGUAUUCAUUAUGGCUAUAAAAAUAGAUACAACUAUGUUAUUAAAGACUGCAAAUGCUGCGUGGACUAUCGGUUUAUCAACCUACAUUGUCCCUUUUGGGAUGAUCUUAUUCUUUCAUUCUCUGAUAAAAGAUCAAGUCUCUGGAUGUGUUGGUGAAAUCCCACCUCUUAUUUUGAGUAGUGCUUUAUCAAACACUUUCUUCUCUGUUAUUGCUCAUGUCAUGGAACAACUAAACCUUCUAACCACCGAGUUAGGUCAACUCGCUUUAGCCUGUGGAGUUAUCAUGGAAUCAGUUGGUCAUAUUCUUUUAUUGACAAUGACCAUUCUAACAACGAAAGAUGGGUUUAGUUCAAUUCUAUCAGUAGUUCUUGCAUAUGCUCCAGUUUUUAUCACAUUAUAUAUUUUGAGGCCAUUAAUGUUAGUGAUUAUCAAAAGAACACCACCAGGAAAACCUGUAAAAGAAAAAUAUGUGAUGUUGGUAUUCAUUUUGCUUUUUGUGAUGGUAUUAAUUGCUAACUCAGUUUGGGGAUUCUUUCUUCCUAUGGCAUUUCUUAUGGGAUUAAUCAUACCAGAAGGACCGCCUUUAGGCUCUGCAAUAGUAGAGAAAUUGGGAUUGAUCCUUAAACAGCUUUUUUUGCCUUUAUUCUUUGUUCAGAUUGGUUUUCUAACAGAUGUGUCUUCAAUAAAAAAUGUCAAGGCUGCUGGAAUUUUUAUUCUCCUAAUCGGUUGUAACUAUUUAUUGAAGUUCUUGGUGGCUUUGUUUGUUUCACUCUAUUUCAAUAUAAGAUUCAAAAAUGCUAUUCUACUGGGAAUUAUUUUGAACUUCAAAGGUAUAAUGGACCUUAUAGUUUACAAGGGAUGGAAGAUAACUCUAAAUUUCGGUACAGAUUGUUUUACUGUAAUGGUGUUGUUGAACGUUACUUUCAUCGCAUUUUUCAGCCCUUUAAUACAUUACUUCUAUGAUCCUAAAGUUAGACUCUUCCAAUCAGAUUCUAGCAUGAAAUUCUUAAGAACACUUCAUUCAAUACCUCAAGAUGUUGAAUUACGCAUUCUUACUUGUAUUCAUAAUGAGGAUAACGUCCAUGGCAUUAUAAAUUUACUGGAGGCAUCUAGUUGCAAGAGUUCAAAUAGUUCUACAUGUGCUUAUGUAGUAAAUGUGGAUGAUAUUGUGGGUCGAACAGCUCCAUUAUUAACUCGUUACACUAGCCAUAAGAUGAGACUGAAAGACAAUAAUUCAGAUCAUCACAUUUUUCGUGCUUUCAGGAAUUAUUCGAAGAAUUCCAAUGGUUUCGUCUCAAUAAUUCCAUUUACUAUGGUUGCCCCUUACAAGGGUAUGCAUAACAUCAUUUGCAAUCUUGCAGAGGAUAAACAUGUUUUCGUUCUUGUUCCUUUUUACACGAACCAUCAUGGCUUACAGAACAAUGUAUUCAGAGAUUUUAACGUUCAACUUCAAGCAAAUGCUCCUUGCACAGUAGGGAUCUUGUUAGAUAGAGGAUUACACAGUAAAAAGAAUUCAAUAAAUUUCUCUUAAAAUGUUGUUGUUCUCUUUCUGGGAGGUCCUGAUGAUCGCGAAGCUUUAGCAUUGGCAACAAGAAUGUCAAGCAAUCCUGAUGUGAAAAUUACGUUAUUGAGAAUCAAUUCAGAAGAAACCAACUACAUUGCUACAAUUGGGAAGCAACUUGAUGAUCAGCAAGUUAAAGAAUUCAGAGAAAAAAAUGCUCAUAAUGCUCGUGUUGCUUAUGGCGAUGUAGCAGCAAGAACUAGUAUAGAAAUGGUGGAUGUGAUUAGAUCAUUGGACAGCGUGUACGACCUUGUUAUGGUGGGUAGAAAUCCAACUAACAUGCAGUUUGAGAAAGAAAUGAUGGAGUGGGCUGAAUACCCAGAGCUGGGUGUAAUUGCAGAUAUGUUUGCUACUACAUUGGAAGAUUUUUGUGAUAGUAAGAUGUCAGUGUUAACAUUGCAACAUUGUAGACUAGUUUCUAGAUAUUAACUAUAAAUUUUUCACCAAGAGUUCAUUCAGUAAUUUUUGAGCAAUUAAAUGUUCAGUUGGAAAUCCAAAAGCCAAAAAAAAUGCUUAUUUUUAGAAUUUUGUCUAUAAGUUUAAAUCACUGGAGAUUGAUUUAAGCUCCUAAA